UAGUAUCUGCCACUCACACUAGCCCGAGUUGCUCCCGGCGUAUGGAUCUGGUACAGUACUCUGGUGGUCUCGUCAUUUUGGAGUUAUCAUUUUUUUUUUUUUCCUUUUCAAUUAUUCUGGUUAUUAUUAUUCUAGUUACUAUUCUGGAGGUGCUGGUGCUCCCCGUGCAACGGCGGACUAGGUCGUUUCCUUGUUGCGACAGAGAGCCACUCAACGGCCGCGGUUCCUGCUCGUACGGAGACACCUCGGAGCGUACAGCCUUACUCCCUCCAUCCACCCCAUCCAUCCCAUCCGUCAUUCAACCUCCCUCACCUGCGUCUCUCUUCUUAACUACUACCAUUUGCUCUCUUCAGUUUCCUAUAAUUCUUUUCCCCCCAUUCCCCAAAGAUACCACCGUUGUUCUCCCAUUUCCCGGGGUGAACGUGCCGACUGUGGUGCUUAUCAGCAAUUGAGCAGCUCAGCGCCCGUCAAUUCCCCCCCUCAAGUCGGCUAUCUCCGGCUUAUCCACCGACUCACACCACCACCAUCGCGGCGCAUGCCCGCAUCACUUGCCUCCCUUUGAAAGCUCGAGCAGUCAGGACCAAUGGUCGUCGAUACUUGUGGGUGAUUCCGACUAUUGUAACGGUGCUUGCCUUGCACUCAGGUUUUGGUGAGUAGUGG